GGAACCGGUCCUUCUUCCUAGUGUUGUUCUAUUUAAGGGAAGAAGCGAAGCUCACUCCUGCUCUGCAUUGCCAAUUCUUUCGCAUUGCAACUAGAGAAUGUCCCAACCAAAGUUCUCUCUCUUUUUUUUUUUGCACUUGUCACUCAACUGCAAAAAAAAACCUGUCUCGCAGUGGCAUCCGAGUUCCGGGCGGCACGACGGCGUCAGCAGCAAGGGCUCUUCACUUGGCACCAUCCCGGCGCACCACCACGCCGGCCUCCCACCGCUGUCCGCUCCACCGCCCACCGCCGGGGCCGACUUGCCGCCGAGCCGCGCCCCCGAGCAGGCCGCCCCGCACUUCGGCCUCCCGCUCCAGCCGACGUUCGGCUUCGCGGCGCCCCCGGUGGGGCCGGGCGGCGGCGAGGGGUACCCGUUCAUCGGCAGCAACCCGACGGUGCCGCUGCCCACCGGCAUGACGGACACCGCCACCGUGCUCCCGCUCGUCGACACAGGGGACGGCACCGGCAGCAAGGUGGUGGGGUUCGCAGCGUCCGUUCGAGCUCAGGUCGCCAUGAUUGGGAUUGUGGCUUUCUUCGCCAUCUUCUUCUUGUCGACGAGCUAAAUGUUGUAAUUCCUUCACCUAAGCUACUGUGAGCUGGUGACAUAAUUCGAGAGCGUCAUAUUAGCUUUCACCUUCCUGUAAAUUUGAGAGCGCCAUAUUUCACUUUGCCUUUGUUAAUUACUAGUAUC